UUCCACCCAGCACCUGCCCACAAGUUUCACCAAGGUGAUUUGUGGGGGUGGGGGUGGCAGCAGCAGCAAUAGCUCUCUGGGUCUCCCCCGCUGGCUGCCCCACAAGGGGAGAAGAGGAGGAACCUCCUCAGCCCAAGGGAUACCCCAGACCUUCUUCAGAACACACGGGAAGCCUGGCAGCACGAGCUGGCUCUUCCUCUUCCCAGCGCAGGGCUGAAACCGGAUUGGGUCCAGUUGCUCUGGAGCCCCGCUCCUUCGUGGUCCCAUAAGACACAAGGUUCCCCCAGCCUCCGCUUGAGCAGGCCAGGUGAGUCCUCCUGGGCUUGGUUCCACCUCUUUCGUCCUGUGUUUCUCUUCCAGGUGCAGGCCAGGGUGGGCUUGGCCUUCACCCCCUGCUUCUCCAGACAGAAGGUGGCCAGAUGGCUGCCAAGGCGUCAUCCCUCUGGGAGACCCUUUCCAGCAGCUUCCUGACUUGUACCAUUUGCCUGGAGCCCUAUUGCCAGCCCAAAAUCUUACCUUGCCUGCAUACCUACUGCCAGGACUGUUUGAAGAAGCUGCUAGAGGGGUCAAAGCAGGAGCUGCGGUGCCCUGAGUGCCGCAAGCGGGUGCCUCUCCCAGCCGGCGUUGAAGGUUUGAAGACCAACUUCUUCAUCAAUAGCCUCCUGGACUUGGUGCCCCCGGUAGAGAAGGCCAGGGCCACCUGUAGCCUGUGCCCACUCAUUGGCCAAGAUGCUGGCUCUGCUGCUGUGUCCCACUGCUUGGAUUGUGCUGACAACCUGUGUCAGGUCUGUGCCCGUGGGCACCGUUGCUCCCGGCUUACCCACAGCCACCUCGUUGUAGACAUGGAGCAUUACUGCUCUGGGAAGUACAGCGAGGAGAUCCGGAAGCGUCAGGCCUCGCGGUGCAAAGAACACAAGGGGGAAGAUUUGCGAUACUUCUGCAUUCCCUGCGCUACUGCCCUGUGCCGAGAGUGCCGCCUGGGACCCCACCUGCAGCACCCCUGCCUCUCUCUGUCAGAGGCUGCCAAAGCCCGCCGCCCCGUCAUCACAGGCCUCUUGGCUGGGGUGGAGGAGACAGUGGAGCUCAUCUCCCAGGGAAAGCUCCGUCUGGAGAAGGAGACACAGCAGAUGGAGGCGUGGAACUUGAACGUCCGCAGUGUGGUACAGCAGACGUGUGCCAAGGCAGUAGAGCAGUUGCUCACUCACCAGGAAAAGGUCCUGGGCCAACUCUCUGGCUACCUGGAAGAGCAGAAGAAGGCCUUGGGGCUGCUCUUCUCUGAGCUGGAGUUCCAGGAACAGGUGGCCACCACCACAGUGGCCUUUGCACAGAAGGUGCUGAAUCUCGGUCAAGAGGGGGAGAUCAUCUCCUUGGAGCAGAUGAUCUCAGAGAGGCUGCAGCAGCUGCAGAGCUUCUCCUGGGAGCCCCUGACCUUCCAGCCCCCCAGUCUCCACAUCCAGUCAGACCUCCUGAGCAGCUGUAACCUUUUCCGUCUGGAGCUUGAUGAGAAGGCUGUGGCAGCAGCCCCAGAGCGCAGCAAGGAGAAGUCCACUGAACUGGCUAGGAACAGUACUAAGUGGAAGCUGCGCAAGCAAGAGCAGAUCCACGGAGCAGAAGUGGAGAAGGCCUCCGGGCAGGAAAAGGCCCCAGAUGGGAAGAGCCCUGGGCUGGCAGAGGCUGGUGGGCCUCCUCCCUCCAAGCGGCCGGAGGUCCCCCGGCUGGUCCCUCAGCCUGUCUUUUUCUGCAGCUUCUGGGUGAAAAUCCCCACCGACAAGGAGCGGCCACAAGUCACAGGCCUGUGCCCGUUUGGCCCCAGCGAAGUCCUUGUGGCUGACAAGCAGAACAGGAAGUUGAAGCGCUUCUCUCUUCAGGGAGAGUUCAGGGGCAUCAUCCCAGUGCCAAGCAGCGUGGCCCCAUUCAGUGUGGCUGCCAUAGGCAACAAGGUGGUCUUCACCGCUGGAUCUCAGCUCUAUGUCUUAAAUGAACAGGGGGGGCUCAUGUGGCAGAAGGCACUGCAGGGGGGUCAGGCCAGCCACGCUGUGACCACCUGUGAUGGGGACUGCGUGGUGGUGUGUGUGGCAGGAUCUCUGGAGGUGUUCAACUUGAAAGGGCACCUCUUGGAGAAGAUUGUGCUGGAGGGCUCACGUGAGAGGUGCCUGGUAUUCCUGGCCAGAAGGAAAGGGGGAUUUGUGGCAUCUGACUGGUACCGACGUAGUGUGGUGCUGCUCACCAGGAAAGGGGAUCUGGUGGCCGAAUGCCGGGAGGAGCAGUUGGGUGGGCACCAACCAGGCAGUGUCUGUGCUGACGCCCCUGGGAUUGUCUACGUAGUGCUUCAGGAGCUGAACAAGGUUGUGGCCUUUUCGGAGACUGGGGAGGAACUAGGAUCAUUUGUCACAGCAGAGAACAGCAUCUACAAGCCACGAGUGGUCACCAUUGCUGGGGACAGACAUUUUGUGGUAGCCCUGACCAAUGGCACCAUCCAUGUCUUUAAGAUCAAGUACCAGGGCAAGUGAGCGGGCAGCGCCUUGCGGGCAGUAGAGGCGUACACGGGGCGGGGGGUUGGCAUUGCAUGUCUGUGACAUUACAGAUGGGAGCAGAAGUGCUUCUGGCAGUGGGUUGGGGGAGAAUUUGGGGGAGGUGUUCGGACCCCCAUUUUAACCCCUCAUCGCUGUGAAGGGCUGUGUUUCCAGAAGGCCAGGCCUCUCCAAUUGCCACAGUCCCACCCAGGAAAGCUGAGGGUGGAUUUAAAUGGGUGUCGUGCAGCCUGCUCUUGGAGAGGCACGAAGGGAGCAGACGUCCUCUGUCAAGCACAUCUGUGGGCAGAGGAAGGUGAGGUGCCGCAGGAACCACCAGAGAUGAGGCCGGCCACCUGGCCGGCCAAAGGAGCGCUGGGCGCUCCUGGCAAGAGCGUCAUCCACCUUCUCCACUCUAGGGGGCAUUUAGAAAGGAAGGAGAGAUGGUGCUCCAGAGCUUCCAGCAUCUCCAGGGAAAAGGCUCUUGCUCUGAACAUUUGAUGCCACAGAGAAUGCACACCACCAGUGGGUAGCUCCAUGCCAACUGUCUAGGAUGCUCCCGGGUUUCAGGACUUCUCUGCUCCUCCUAAGAUCUAAAGGAGUGUUUAGAUGGGGAGGCAGAAUUGGCUGGGGCUUCUGUGCCCGUGGAGGCAGUCAGGCCCCAUCAGCCUUAAGCUGGGGGGGCGCUGGGGAGCACAGUACAGGUCUAUGGAUGGAGCCGUGGUGUGCAUGUUGCUUGCCUUUAGCCCUCUGUGACUGGAAAAACUGCAAACAUGCCUCUGUGGGGACUUUACAAGGGAUUUUGGGGUGUGUUACGUGGUGCAUUUGGGAAGUUGUAAGGGGUAAGGUUCUUCUUUCAAAUGUUUGGGAAAAUACAUUAUUUGCCUUUUAACUGUAACUUCUGUUAGAGUUUCCUCUGCCAUUGUAGAAAAGGAAAAGGCUGUAAAACGAUGGGGCGAGAGGUUUCCAAGAGCGAAAUACAUUGAUACAUAACUAUAAAACGGACAGCACGGCAACUUUGAAAGACGGGAAACUGGCCGCAGAGAGAUGCGGGCGGGGACGGGAAAGCCAGGCUGACCGGGCCGCGGUUGUCUGGGGCAGUGGCGCGCAGCUCCUCCUGUGGCCACCAGAGGGCGGCGGCCACCAGUUUCCUGUGGGAUUCGGAGAAGCUGACAGGCUCUGACUGAGGAGUGGGCUUCUGUUCGCAGGCCGUCUUUUCAGGGGGGAGGAGGGAAGGGGGUUCCCAAAGGAGAGCCCCCUUUUGGGAGGGCCUCGGGGCCAAGGCACUUUGGUUGUGGAAACCAUCCAGCUCUUUUUACGUCUGUUCCCAUGUCUGACGCUGCAGAAGUCCUGUCGCCUCUUCACUGUCAUCCCAGGGAAGAACCAGGGGGUUCCAGAAGGCACCCCAGCGGGCAAAUAAGGGCUUUACUUCUGAACCCUCUUGGGAGACAAGCCGCGCUCGGCUUCUCAUUUGUUUGAAGCAUGCAGUAAUUCAUUAAAAAAAAAAGCCUUGCAUGUCUCUCCCUAGAAGAAACUAUCUUCCUAAAACAGUUGGUCAGAUGUUGUUCCGGGUGUUUUAUUUACUUAUUUAUCUAUCUAUUUACACAAUGUCUUAUCUGCCACUCCAGUCGGAUGCGGUUCAGGGGGUGGUACUUUCCACAGCUGGCCUCCACGCGGUGCAGCUGAGGGACAGCAAACUGAAACCCAGCCACCCAGCCUAAGAGCCAUGACUAAGCCCUCCUCCUCACCCCAGCAGGCCGCCGCUUGGCCUUUUCAACCCUCUGGGACGUCCCCCAACCACCUCUGGAAGCAGCAGGGAUGCCCGGCAGGCCCCGCCUCCUGGAUCGGCCGAGAGAGUCAGGAGGGUGGCCUCGACGGAGCUAGGCAGGGACCCCAGCCCGAAGCGCUUUUAGGGCCAGAGCGACAGGACAGCAUUCAGGCAGGCGCAGUCCGGCCCGACUUGCAGGAUUCUGGCAUUCUCUCAACGGAAGUUGCUUUGGCCUCCCGGGGGAGCUGAUUUCCUGGCCUGGCCUACCUGGAGGGGCUGACAGCAGAGUCCGUCUGGAGUAGGUGGCCCUGCAGGCACCCAGGUCCAGAGCCAGGCCACUGCCAGCCAAACUAGUGGGGUCAACCCGGGCAGGGUGUUAAUCUGAGUGGCACAAAAAGAGAAACGGCCCUUGCCAAGGGAGGGGAAUUGCCGCGAUGCUCGAAGGAGGGGAGGGGAGAGAAGGAAGUCAGGCACCGUCCGAAAUCGCCAUCCAGAGGACCCCGCCUCCCUCCCAGCAGUGGCCGAAAGGCCGCAUUAGCUACGGCUUUGGUUCGGGGUUCUUCCAGGUGCCUUCCUGCAAUGGUGCAAGGUCUCUCGUUCCCCGCCCGUUCCCUCACCCGCCCCUCUUCCUUUUAACCAGAGGACCAGCUGGGGCUUUCUGCAGACCAGAGAGCUCCAGGGAACUCCAAGCUGGAAGGGGCAGCCCUGGCAGGGAAGGAUCCAGCCCCCCCACAAGUUCUUCUCUGAGGUGCUGAGCUGGCGUUUGGAACAUUAAUGCUCUUCCUUUGAAGGUUCUUAAUCAGCAAAUCCUCCUGAAACCGAAGCAGGCGCCACCCUGCUUUGUGUGACACACAAUGGCGUGCGCACAUCAGGCCAACCGCAAGUUACCCAACCCGUUGCAUAACCCUGAAUUCCUACAAGUCGUUACAGCAGGAUGGCAGCAGCACAGACUUGGGGAACAAUUGGCGCCCCUUCUGUCCCUUGCAUGAAGCCCGUGAACACCCCACCUGGAGGCUGGGAGGUUCUCCAGGAUUCCUAGGGAUCGCUGGAUUCAGCCCUCUUGGCAGAAGGUGGCACGAGGAGUUGUGCCUCCGGGCAGCCUUGGGGGUGAAGUCAAAUUGCUGCCCGUUUCGCAGACCCCUGUCCCACAGGGGCCCGGGUGGAGGCGGGGACUGAGCUGUGAGCUUGCUGCGUGGAAGGUGGUGGCUGGUGGCCGUCUGAGGGCACCCUUUCCACAGCACCCCGCCGGCUCCAGUGAGCCAUGCCGUGGGCCAGGCCUCAGGCCUCCCGACCACCCCACUCUACGGGCAUUUUGAAAACAGGCCACGCUUCCAGCAAACAUUUGGCCUUUAGGUUAAGCGAAUGGAGCCUUGGAGGUAUCUAUUACUAUUGCUUUGGUUAUUAUUAAUGCGCUCGGGGGCUUUCUUGUACCCCGCCCAGAAUCUGUUAGGAUUUGUACAGGCUUCAAGUAUUGUAAAACAAGCCAACUCUGCCAAACGCCCAUUGCCACACCCUGCUGGUUUGGGGGCUCUGCCCCACUUUUGCCCAGGAAAGGGGCAGCCCAGAGUUGGGGAGGCAGCCUGAGGGGCCCUGCCCUUGCCAAUCCAGCCAGCCUCAGCUGCAGCAGAGCCCAGUGGAUCGGUUGCUCGGAGAAAGGGAGGCUCCAGGGCAGAAGUUCCGCCUUCAGCCCUUGGGCCCCGCGGAGGGCUGCCCUGCCGAUCCCUGGCAGGGUGUUUGAAGACAGGGCUUCCCCACGGCAGUGCCCUCUGGUGGGCAAGAGUGGGCUGCCAGAGCAUGCUGGGACUCAGUGUUUCCCUGCUGGCCUUCCUGGGCGGCGGCCUCACCCUCUCCAAGCGUGACUCAGUUGUUCUGGCUGGCGGCAACCCUGCUGUGCGGCAGAGGAGACUUUCCCCCUCCGUGCCCCCUCCCCCCGGGCCAGUCACAUUGCACUCCUGGUGUUGGCAGAGGACAAAGGACCCUCUGGCUGCCUGGGUCUGCUCUCAAGGGAGGUGCCGUCUGACUCCCGUGGCUGCUUUGGGCGUGCUGGAGGCCCAACCCGGCCUUAAAGCUGCAGAUGGGGGGGGGCGGACAGUUGAAUGAGCCUGUCUCUAGGCAGAGACACACCCCCCCCCCCCCACUGGGAUAACUGGGGCUGAGGCCUGGGGUGAGAGGUCACACGGCUGGAGGAAAAGCAAAGCAGGUGGUGGGGGGAGCAGCUCAAAGCCCUAAAAUGUGACAGGCCUCCCCAGGCCGCCUUGUCGGUUUUAUAAGCUGUGAGUGACGGAGGGGCCCCCGGGCCACUGAGGGCUUUAAGGGACAGGCACUACCGAGAAGGAAUGAGAGCCGGGCCUUUCAUGGCUGAUACAGGCUGCGCUCUCGUGGCCCUACAUCUGCGCGGGGCUGACCUGUGCUGGCUGGGGCUCACUGGCACACGUCUGCAGCGUGCGGUGCUAGGUGGACCCGGAACGUGGGCCGCCUCCCCUCCUCUUCUCCCAGAGCAGCUUAGAAAAGAUAAAGAGAUCAGCCAGUAGGCCAGAGGCAGCUGCAAAGACCAUGGAAGCAUUCGUGGGCAACGUGCCUUGCUCCAGCAGCGGGGUUCUGCUCUCCAGGGCAAUCCCUCUGGCCUGGGCCAAGGCCCUUUAGGAAGCGUCUGACAGGGAGAGGAAACAUCUGGUGCCCGCGUCCCAGUGGCCUCAGUGGGAGCAAACAGGAAGGCUGGCUGGAGAUAAAGUCGGGGAGGGGGUAAAUGGAGGCCAGGGAAUUCCUA